AUGCACAUCGCACUCGACCUGUCAGUUUUGGAAAGAAUGUAUGAGAAGUUGGUGGAAGAUGUGGUGCCGAGGGAUGUGUACGAUGAGGCCCAACAAAUAGUGUUUGAGAAAAUGAGGGAGAUCUCGUAUCCCGAGUAUUUGAGGAGCCCAAUGUAUCGAGAGUUGUUGGCCAAGCUUGAAAAUGAGGAAGAGGGAAAAGCCGUAUCUAUAUAUUCUUGA